AUGAGUUACGAAACUGAAUACGACUUGUGUGAACGUGUGUCAUCAAAUUUCCACGAUAUUUUGAAUGUAAAUAUCUAUCCAUUUAUUGAAAAUAAUAAGCGCAUUGGCACAAGGGGGAAAAACCGACCGUUGGUGAUAGAAUUUUCAAAUAAAAACAUCACAAAGUACAUUCUAAGAAAUACAAAAUACUUCAAAAACACUGGGCUGGCAAUUGACAUAUUUAUGCAGGGAAGUGAUUUAGAGCAUCGUAAAUUAUUGCGUUAUAAUCUACAACUAGCAAAGAAAAAUGGACACCCUAAAACUGGGCUAAUUCAAUCCCAUUCUAACGCACAGGGAAAAACUAAAUUUACUCAGAAUGUGCAAGAAAACAUAGACCAAAUCAACAAUUCAAUUGGGAUAUCUGCACCACCGGAAAAAUACAUCAAGAACAUAAAUAAAAGGACAAUAUCGCCACGUAAGAAUCAGAUAUUUCAAUAGUAAACUACUUAUAGCAUACUAAAAUGUUCAGAGUGUA